AUGAGCGCCAUAAACAGCAGCUUUGUCUGGGUCACACCCUCUCUGCCUCAGGGACCCUUAGGCAGGAGGUACUCCGUGGAGACCAGGUUCCGUGGACACUACCAUAUCAUAGAGAUGAGGCAGCCAUUCAUUGUGCUGCUGGUGUUUGUGAGCUGUGCAGUGGGAGCUCUGUUGAGAACCAUUCUGAAGAAAUCAAACAUUCCUAUUAUUGUAAUUCUUUGUUUGAUUGGAGUUCUCCUUGGAGUAGUGGGCUACUUUGUAAAGGAGUUAAGCAUUUUGACAGAAUACGUUGCAGAAAUUGAUCCAAUCCUGUUUCUUCAUAUGUUCACACCUGUUAUAAUAUUUACUGCUGCUUUUGAAAUGGAUUUUUAUAUAUUUCGGAAAUCAUUUUGGCAGAUAUUGCUACUUUCAGUUCCUGGCUUUUUGCUGAAUUGUACUUUAAUUGGAUGGUUAACUUAUAAAAUCAAUAAGUAUAACUGGAACUGGCACGUUAGCAUGUUGUUUGGAAUCAUUCUUAGCACAGCGGAUCCUAUCCUCUCGGUGGCUUCUGUGAAAAACAUUGGUCUUUCAAAAAUCAUCAUUCAUCUAAUUAAAGGAGAGUCUUUGUUCAAUGAUGCUACCACUGCAAUUGUUUUUGAAAUUUACAGGGAUCUUGUAUCUGACCCACAUACUGAAGUUGCAAAAUAAAUUAUUAUUAAACUAGUAUUAAAAUUUUUUGCAAGUACCAUAUUUGGAUUUUUGAGUUCAAGAAUAGUUAUAUAUUGGCUAUCUCAUAUCUUCAGUGAUGGAUUAACAGAAGUAAUUCUCAGCUUCUCAAUGACAUACCUGACUUUCUUCAUUGCUGAAUGGAUUGGAAUGUCUGGUGUUAUCUCGCUCACUGUUUUGGGAAUUCUUUUAAAUUCUGUAAGCUUUAGUCCAGGGGUUGAUAAAUUUAUCUUUAGGUUCUGGGCAAUGCUGACAUUUUUGGCUUAUGUUAUGAUAUUCAUUAUAAUUGGAAUUGUGAUAGCUGUAAAAACCUUUCCAUAUGUGACUAUUCGUGAUUUGUUUUAUAUCUUAACACUCUACCUUGCAUUGAAUCUUAUAAGAGGCCUAGUUGUUUUGUUCUUGAGCCCUCUUCUGAGCCGUCUUGGUUAUGGAUUUAACUGGAGCUGGGGAGCUGUCAUUGUCUGGAGUGGAAUGAGGGCUACUUUUACUUUGAAUAUGGCUCUUAGGAUUAGCCAAUCAAAAGAUCCGGGUACUGCAGCAAUGAAGAACAUGAUAUUACUGCAUGCAGGAACAGCGUCAUUAAUGACUUUGAUGAUUAAUUCUACCAUGAUGAAAAAGCUGGUUACAACAUUGGGUCUAUGUAAUAUUACUCUUCCAAAGCGUAUAGUAAUGUACAGUGCUGUUCAGCGUAUAAAAGAAAUGGAGGCCAACACAUUUUCCAUGUUGAAACUUGAUAGAUUUUUAGCUGAUGCAAAUUGGACUAUGACUGAAGAAGCAAUUAAAAUUGAUUACCCUUAUAAAUUUGACAUAGAGGAAGUUUCCCAAAUUGUUAGAACACUUAAAUGUCCAGAUUGUAACACAGACAUUUCAUAUGAGACAACACCUCAACAAAUUGCUGACAUACUGGAAGAAGCCAGGUUAUGUCUUUUAACAGCACAAAUAGCUAGUUAUCAGAAGCAAUACCACACUGGAAUGCUUAACCAAGAUGCUGCCCAAACAUUAAUAGGCGCAGCAAAAAGCUAUGUUGAUAUUAGAGGAAAAUUUAUGAACAUUCAUGAGGUAAAGACAUAUUGGGAAAGCAAAGGACUACUAGUUUCCUUUAAGAAAUUGUUAUCUGAUUGGGUUUACAAUGUGAAGGAUGAAAAAUCUAAGCCAUCAAGGAACAAGAUUCUGAAGCUGUGUCACGAUAUUGUAUUUAUGGAUGAAUUUGAGUACACAAGUUAUAUUAUAACAUUAUUGAAUUUCAUUCCCAUUCUAAUGCAUUUUUUAACACCUCUAGAUGAAAUAUAUAUUAAACAACUAAAAAUAUGUAACUAUUAUUUCAUCGGUUUGUAUAUACUGGAGGCAUCAUUAAAGGCUUUAGCCAUGGGGAAGGCUUACAUCUUUCAUCAUUGGAAUCAGUUUGAACUAGUAAUCAUAAUAGUUGGACUCAUAGAUAUCAUGAUUAUUAAUAUCUUUAAGCCACUUCACCCAACAUAUCAUAUGAUUAAGACUAUCAGGGUAUUCCGAAUCAUUCGCCUUAUUAGAGUUCUGCGUCUUUUGAAGCUUGUGAUACCAAGACUGAUAGACCUAUUGGAAAAACAAAUAAACAAACAGUUAACCUUUAUUACAAAGGUGAGUAACCGUCUUAUUGAUAUUGCUAAGGGAUAUGUGCAAGGUGAAGAAGAUACAAAAUAUUUAAUUGAACAGAUUUCUGGUCAUGAGACAAUUUCUAAGGAAAUAAAUAAAAUUAUGGAAAAGAAUAAACAAGAUGGUAUGAAAGAGCUAGGUUUAAUGCAGCGUAAUUAUCCAGAUAUUGCUACUGCUGUGAAAACUAAACAGGCAGUCCAAACUGUGCUAAACACAGCUACAGAAACUCUUAAAGUAUUGAUAUCAAGUGGAAUUGUUGAUAAAAAUGAAGAAGCAAAAUUACAAAAGAUGAUUCUGCCAAAAAAAAAAAAAAACCUUGGCACUCUUCCGUCUACUAUUGCACCGCCUACUGCAGAGGAGCUUUUACACAGUAUCAGUUGGUUAGAAAAUGAAAAGAACCAAAUUGAGUUCAUCCAGAAAAGAGCAAGGCUCCUUUGUUAUGACUAUGAAGACAUUAUAUGUGAGGAAUGUGAAAUGCCACAAGGAAUCCACCUAAUUAUUUCUGGAAUGACAAAGCUUUGUGGUUCCAGUCCCUGCUAUGGAGUUGCUAAAGAUGUAUAUGAACCAAGAGAUCCUAAAUGGGUGCCAUAUACUGACUACCUGGUCAGUGGAGCAAUAAUAGGAGAGUUGAACUGCCUAACUAAGCAAGAAAUGGAAUAUACUGUUACCUGUGAAACUGCUGUUCAGACAUGUUUUAUUUCUAUGGACGACUUGUUCAAAGCUUUUGAUAAGUUUUUAGAAUGCCCAUCUUUGGAAUAUAAAAUAUGGUUAAAACUUGCUCUUGAUAUCACUAUCAAAACUUUCAAGGAAAACCUUGCUUACCAGGAUUGGUCAUAUAAGAUGUGUACAAAGUUGCCUAAUGUUUAUGUGAUGGAUGUACCAACCCACAGCAAAUGGGAUAUUUAUGAUGGAACUAUGGAUGAUGUUAUUCUUGUACAUGGAAGUGUACAAGAUUGUCAACUACUGCAACCUUACUUUGCACCUUGUAUUUUAUCUAAAACUUGCCAUCAGGUACAAGGAACUGCUGCAGUAACAAAACUGCUAAUUGUACGAACCACUACCACUACGAAGAAGAAGAGUAGUAGAAGAUGCAGUAAUGUGUGUCAGUAUCAUUCAUCUGGUCAGAGACAGGCUACCAUUGGAAAUACUGUAGAAACAGAUGGUAGCAGUCGGCAUUCACUGCACUCAGAUUCUGUCCAGGGUGAGACUGCCAUAACCUCAACGGAGGGGGCGGCCAGAAUGGUUUAUGCACCAACUGCAGUGUGUGGAUAGUCAGGGUGUCCUUCAUCCCGUGCAGCCUCACAUCAGCCUGCUCAGAAAACAGACCACUUCUGUCAAAGCAAGGUCUUGUAUAGAGGUCUGCAUCUCCUGGUAGAAACCUGCAAUCUUAAGCCAAG